UCCAUCAUGGCUCGACAGUUUCGGCGUUAUCGAGCCAUCUAUGAUUACACAGCCUCUCAAGCAAGAGAAGUAGACAUGUGCGUAGGCGACAUGCUGCUGGUGGAGCGGCAGCCGGACGGGCAAUGGCCUGACGCUGAGUCAUGGAUGAAAGGUAGAAACGAGAGAACAGGUCGCGAAGGAGAGUUUCCGGGAAAUUGGACAUUGUUUAUGGGAGAAUUUGCGGAAGAGAGCAGUCCUCAGCGUCCUCCUAGAAUUCCUGAACGUCCACCUAGACGUUCUAUCCAGGCUCCUGUCACGCCCCCGCACAGUCCUGUUUCGCAGCCACAGCAGGAUUCGCGGAAUAUCGGCGGUCGCCGAUUUAAUCCACCUGCGAUCCCGACUUCGCCUCCGAACAACUACGGUGUCUCACCAGCCAAUCAAACUUACCCUGGCAAUACGGGACCUGCCAUCCCACCGAUUCCUCCUCGAAAAACUCGUGGUUCUAUCGUUUCUAAUGAUUACACAGAUAUUGGCGUCCGGGUUUUGCCGCGGCAGGAAGCACGAAGUGUGAGCGACGACAUGUACGUACCUGUUGGACAAGUGAACGUUCCUCCUACACCAGUGGCCACUAUCAAAUCGGGUAUCAAAGCACCACCACUGGAAGAGGCAGAGUGGUAUUGGGCCGACGUAGGACGAGAUGAGGUGAAUAGAGUAUUGCAAGAUGCAGAAGAUGGCUCGUUUCUGAUUCGAGACAAAACAGGAUAUCCUGGAGAUUAUACCCUUACAUUGAAGAAAGAUGGAGUAAUCAGGAUGAUUAGAAUAUUUAAUCAUCAAGGUAUGUAUGGAUUUUCUGAGCCAUUCAAUUUUGUAUCUGUAUUUGAUCUGGUGCAAUACUAUCGGAUUCACUCCCUUCGCGAUUACAACAGUCAGCUGGAUAUACGUCUGUUGUAUGCUGCUUCGAAAUACGAUGACACUAACGAUAAGACCAUGAAAAUAGAAGAAAUUGUUGAAGAGCUGAGAAAAGCAGAGGAAGAGUACGAUGACAGAAACAACGAAUUUCAGAAGAAAUCAGAUGUAUUUACCAGCCAAAUGGCCCAAGAGGCAAAAAUGAAUAACCGCAGAAAGGCUCAUGCGUUCAUUAUUACCCUAUGGCAAGACCAGCUGAGUAAACUGACUGGUAAUACGAGUCAAGUUAUCAAGUCUGAUGGUGAUGUACUAGAAUCACAGUUUCGUUCCAUUCGAUCUCGUUUGCAAACAGCAGAAUCUGAACUGAAGAACCAUGAUAAAAUAGCAGCAGAACUGGAAGAGCAGACAGUUAGGCUAGACAAAGAAAUGCAAGAGAUGAAACCAAGAAUAUUAGAAUUGGAACAGACGAAGGCGCAGUUCAUGUCUCAACUUGGUCGUUUAGGACUAAAACCUGAUGAAAUCAAACGUCGUCUGUUUGCAUUGAAGAAAGCGAACAGAGACAUUCAGAAAGAGGAAAAUAUGAAGAAGCGAAGAAGAGCAAGCUACAUCCCAAAUGAGGAAGACGACGAAGAAAGCUUUGGAAGGGAAGAUGUGUAUUUUGACAUUUAUGGCACAACACAAGACCUUAUUCGAGAUGACGAAGAUGACAAAGACUGGAAGAUUUCAGUGAGUCGGAGUGACAGCGAGAAGUUGCUAGCCCCAUGUGAGGAUGGCGUCUUCCUUGUAAGGGCUCGCUCGGGCAUUGGACUAAGAGAGACACACCGUGACACACUGUGCAUUGCAUUUAGAGGAGAAGUAAAUCACAUUAAGAUAUUGUGCGAAGAGGGAUUUUAUGGAUUUACAUCGGGCUGUUGCCAAUUUCAAUCUCUAGCCGAUUUGGUGCGUCACUACCAGACGACAUCUCUACAUCAACAUAAUGCAAAACUGACCAUAUCGUUGACAACUCCAUACAACAAAUGGAACAGGCUCAGGAGGCAUUAGACUAAUUGUGCGGUCUGAUUGAACCGUACGAAUUGACGUGUGCUUUACUAUUUGCUCUAUUAUUACUUCCAGAUUCAUGAUUACUUUGUGCUUUUUUGAUGAGCGACUGGCCAUUGUGUAAGUGCAACUGUAAAAAUACACUUACAUUAGUGUGUAUGCCAAUAGGUAUCUCUAAUCAUGACUAUAUACAAUGCAAUCAUAUGCAUUGUAGUAUCAUGCCAAGUGUUGGUAUUAGUAUUAGUUAUUAGUAUUAUUUGUUAGUACUAUUAUCUAGUUGGCUAUCAGCUAACAGCCAUUUUUUCAGGUUACAAUACCUGUCCAAAUAAGAAACUUGAAGCGUACAUUUGACUAUACAAACAGAAACUCUCGCAUU